AUGGUUUUCUGUGGCUUCUUGACUUACCAGGAUUGGAAUCAAGACUCCGUGCGGUCUCAAGCCAAGGAGGAGGGAGCAUUGAUCGCGCGGCUUCCAGUGCAAGUCCCGACUGAUGGAGAGGUUGUUGAUGUCCAGUUGAGCGACCUGCGAGUGGGGCGACGGAUGAAGUCGCGGCGGCCGGUCCUCUGCCUUGGGAAUCUCAAGUUCUGUCAGGACUGCAUCGAUGCCUCCAUGGCGGUUCAGGAGGCCAUGAUCCGUACGGACUUCCUGCUUGUGCCCGUGCUUUGCAAUCCUUCCGAAGAUGAUGCGCCUGCCCUGGCUGCAGCGGUGAAGGACUUGAGCUUCGUGGCACUGCCUGGGAAGGAUCCAAAAGGAGAUUGGGCACUGCUCUCCGAGAUUCAACUCGCACAGGUUCGCAGCCAGGGCUUGGAUGAGGACGUUGGCCAGGCCAUCAUCAUUAAAAAGAACGGGCGUGUUGGCACUCGAUUCCUCGGAGUGCCGGACUGGAAAUCUUUAACCGCUGAGGUGGACGCGCGUGUGAAACUGGGAUUGGACACCAGAAACGUGUGA